AUGAGUGAUUUAAUUAUAAUUAAGAGAAGAAGAGGGGAUUAUAUUGAAGAGGAAGGGAAACCAAUCAAUGUUUAAUUAUCAUCUAAAGAUCAAACAAUCUUGAACCUUAAAAAAGAAAUUGCAAAAACUAGUAAUAUUUAGAAUUUAUUUAGCUAAAAUAAAGCCAAUAAGAUAAUGGUUAACAACAGAAGAUAAGUAAAAAGUAUUUGAAGAUAAUGAAUUACCAUUAAAUCUUUCAGGAAUCAAGAAUGGUUAGACUUUGGUAGUGAAAGAUUUGGGGCCUUAAAUGUUAUGGGGUGCCGUAUUUUAUGUUGAGUAUUUGGGGCCAAUUCUCAUGUUCUUUUUGCUUUACAAAUUUGGUAAUUAAGAGAAUUACACAUUAAUGCAAAAGUAAAAUUUUGAAAUAUAAAAUAUAGAGCCGCUUAUUGGAUGGUGAUUUUACACUUCAUCAAAAGAAUUCUUGAAACAAAAUUUGUUCAUGUCUUCAGCAGAGAUUCAAUGCCAUUAAAAAGAGCCUUCAUAAAUUGCUUGCAUUAUUGGAUAUUUUGUGGCUUUUUUCUUGGAAUCGAACUAUUUUAUUUAAGAAAAUUUGAAAAAUUCUAAUCUUGGAAAUAUAUUUUCAUAGGAUUUUUUGCUCUGUUUGAAUUUUUGAAUUUAAUGUGUCACAUAAGACUCUCUAGUUUUAGAAAGAGGCCUUAAUAGAAACAAAAUGAUGGGGAUUAUGUUGCUUAAAACAAACAAAGAUAGAUUCCUUUUGGCUGGGGUUUUGGGGCUGUUUCAUCUGCUAAUUAUUUUUGGGAAACGAUGGCUUGGGUUAGCUUCUCCAUAUUUACUUGCUCUUACGCAGGUAUUUUUAAUGAUAUUGGAUAGCUAUGGCAUUUACGAUAUUUUCAUUUGGUUAGAUGUUGAUUUGGGCAAAACAAAAACACAAGAGAUACAUUAAAGAAUUUGGAGAUAGAUACCCAAAAAAUAGAAAAGCUAUGGUACCGUAUAUUAUUUGAUGAAUAUAAUCAAUCAUUG